UGUCAUCUAAAUUUAGACGGAACACACGGGUGCGUAAUGAACGAAGUUAUUUUCUUAGCUCUGUGUGCUAGAAGUCUAAACAAAAAUACUGUCAGACUACAUAUCGAGGGAGGAAAAUAUUUUGCAUUGAGUAUGCUGGAUUACUCAUUCUGAAGUUAUACUGAAUCAAAUCAAAAAAUGGGCUCGUUGAAAGACAAGGAAGCAAGGUCUGUUUUGCGACAAAUUGCAGACUGUAUUAUUGAGUACGCUCCUUUGGAUGAAAUUCGUCUACUUCUGGCUUCUCGUGAAGAUAUUAACGCACCAGUGGCCAGUGGCUUAAGGCUUCUACAUUAUGCGGUGUUUCACAGACAUACGGAAGCAGUGAAGCUUUUGCUUGUCCGAGGAGCAAAUCCUAAUGUUAUGGACGAUGUUGGAUAUUCCCCGAUGCAUUUAUGCGCUGAAAGAGGUUUCUGCAAUGUUAUCAGAAUUCUGUUGCGUUACAAUGCUCGAGUCGAUUUUUCAAGGGUGCUGCCUGGUGAUACAGCAUAUGGAUUUCCUCCUCGAGCCAGCCAAACGGAUGAGCCUCUACGAUUGGCAUUGAAAAAUGGUUACUACAAAGCAGCUGAGUUACUGUUGAAGAAUGGAGCUAACCCUAAUACGGAGUAUUUUUUGGGACACGAAAUCAAUUUGCUAAAUCCCCUUGACAUCGAAGGUAUUGAUUUGCUGCUUAAAUAUGGAGCUGAUUCGAAUGCUGCUGAUAGACAGGGGAUGACUCUGCUGAUGAAAGCGUGUCGAAAUCCAGAAGCAUAUGACACAGCAGACCUAUUAAUUACAUGUGGUGCGGAUGUCAAUGCAAUGACAAUAGAAGAUCAAAGAACUCCACUUCAUUAUGCUGUUCUUGGAGGUAACUUCAAUACAGUAACGCUUUUAGUUCGUAAUGGAGCUUGCGUCAGGUUACCAGAAGAUUAUAAAAAACCUCCGCCACUUUUCUUUGCUGUACUCAAAGAAGACUUCCAUAUGAUGAGGUAUCUUGUCAAUGCCGGCGCAGAUGUUAACGAUGGCUCAGCCGUUGUUGGUUCUGCUUUGCAUGUUGCACUAAGCGAACUUGGGCAAAACAAGAUAGACGUCGUCAAAUUUCUUCUGGAACAUGGUGCUAAUCCAAAUGCCAUUCUUACAUCAAAUCGUGGGCCGAUUUUAAAACCACCAUUAGGAGAAUAUUUUAUUUCAGUCAGUCAUCCGGAUGUUUAUAUUGUUCGCUUGCUUUUGAAGUAUGGAGCGAAAAUCAUUCUUUUAGGGCAACGGCAACAUCCUCUUGGAAUAUUUCAGUCAUUACAUCACAUCGAUUGUCGUGAUAGUGCUGAUGUCCUAGAACUCGUUGCAUCAGCUGCAGAAGCUUUCUGUAUCGGCUUAAUUGAAAGAUCCGUGCUCUUGAGUAACAGACAUAAGUUGGUCUUACUUCAGAAAGCAUUGACUCCUAUGACUCUCAAACAUAUUUCUCGUACUUGCAUUCGUAAUAUUUUAUGUUGGGGACCAAAAUUAAUCAAUGUUGUUAAAGAACUCCCACUUCCAGUUGUUCUGAAACAAUACCUACUUUUUGAAGAUUAAUUCCAAAACCUAAUUCUUUAUUUUACUUGUAAAAAAUUAAUAUUUUUAAUAAAUAAAAGUUGAACAAGA